AUGUUUCGUUACGUUACAGUAUUCGCAUUGUUUAGCUGUGCCAUUGCCGCUAGCUUACACGAUGAUUUUGAUGGCCGUAUUGUGGGGGGUGUCGAUACCACCAUUGAAAAGCAUCCCUAUCAGGUAUCGCUGCAAGACCCCUCCGGAAAUCAUUUCUGUGGCGGUUCAAUUAUCGCCGAUGCUUAUGUCCUUACCGCUGCUCACUGCAUGCAAUCCGAAACGGCUUCCCAAGUUAGGGUACGUUUGGGCUCCACUGACUACAGCACUGGUGGUGUAUUGCUUGAAGUCAACACAUUCAAAGUCCACGAAAACUUCGAUCCCGACACUAUGGUUAAUGAUGUGGCAGUCAUCAAAUUGAACACUACCGUCCAGGAAUCCGCCCAGAUCCGUUAUGCUGUCUUGGCUGAAACGACUCCACCAACGGGCACGCCCGCCAUUGUAACUGGCUGGGGCACCAAGUGCUACUUGCUCUGUCUUACCACGCCCAAGACUUUGCAAGAGGUUGAAGUUAAUAUUGUCGAUCGGGAUAGUUGUGAAUCCAACGACUACAACUAUGGUUCUCAAAUCAAGGACACAAUGGUUUGUGCCUAUGCCCCCUACAAGGAUUCCUGCCAAGGUGAUUCCGGUGGUCCAUUGGUAGCGGAUGGUAAAUUGGUUGGUGCUGUAUCCUGGGGUACGGGUUGUGCUUUACCACGUUAUCCUGGUGUCUAUGCUGAUGUACCAUCGCUACGCAGCUGGGUUCUUCAGACCGUCAAUGAAUUGUAA